AUGUACAAAGCGCCAAAAUAUCAAGCGAACAUCGACAAAAAAAAUUACUUUUUGGUUCAAGCUACAGAGAAAUUCAACGAAGCUUCGCAGCUCAAUCCUCAAAAUCUUAUUUCUUUAGUGGGGAAAGGUCUUAUAUAUCUUGCAAAAAAAGAUGUAGUGCAGGCGGGUCGCGAAUUUUCAAAUGCUUUAAGAAUUUCGCCAAAUUUUAUACCGGCUCUUUUUGGUUUAGCUCGUAUACAAUAUUCUCAUAAAGCUUUCAAAGAUGCUCUUGCAACAUAUCAAAGAAUUGCUAGGCUUAACCCUUUCAUGACGCAUCCAGAUCCACGUAUUGGAAUUGGUCUUUGCCUCAAUAAAUUGAAUCGGUUUAAUGAAGCAGUCCAAGCCUUUGAUAGAGCUAUUACAAUGAACCCAAAUAGUGUACCCGCUAAUAUCCUUCUAGCUACUAUUGAAUUUGAUAUUGCUAAACAACUUGAUCCUUAUAAAGAUGUAUCUGACGAAGAAAGAUUAGCUAACUAUUGCGCAGGCAUGGAGCGCGUGGAAUUAGCUCUUAAUAUUGAUCCUACCAAAUCCAGUGCACUAAUUCUUUUGGCGCACGGAUUUAUGCAAUCCGAAACGCAUUAUCAACUUGCUAGAGCUUAUCAUUUUAUAGAAGACUAUGAUAAGGCUUUUUAUCACUAUUAUCAUGCAAUAGACAUUAAUGAAAAUCAUACUUCAGCGCGUUAUGGAUACGGACAAAUGUUGAUUCGUAAUGGUUAUUAUGAAGAAGCUAAAGAUGAAUUCGAAAAAUUAUGGCACCUAAAUAUCAAAAAUUUAGACGUCACCACAGUUUUAUGCGUAUUGAACGCUCAUAUUGGCUUUAAUGACUCGGAUCAAUCAGUUAGGCAAAAAGCAUUAAAUGAUUUCGAUAGAAUCUCGAAAGCUUUCGUAGAAGACAAAUAUAAGAAUCCUGACAUUUCAACAGUAAAGGCUUGGUUCUUUGAACAAAAAAAGAAUCCGGUUAAAGCGCUUGCAUCAUUAAAGAAAGCAAAGGAAUUAUAUGAACGCCUUCAUAGAUCAGUUCCAUUUGAACUUCUCAAUAAAAUGGGGAAUAUGGCUUUUAAAGCUAAAUUAUAUGAAGAAGCAAUUGAUCAUUAUAGUGAAGCCUUAAGAAUAAUUGAGAAAUUGCCGGAAAAGGGGGGAUAUCGCGGAUUAACAGUGUGUUAUAAUAAGGGGCGUGCUAAUGAAGCCGCACAUAAAACAGAGCAGGCAAGACAAAUUUAUAAGAAGAUUAUAGAUCGUAGCCCUGAAUUUGUGUUAGCUCGGUUACGUCUAGCUGCAAUUGAAGAUAAACUUAAAAAUCAUCAUAAAGUUGAUGAAAUAAUUCAUGAAGUUUUAGAUCUUGAUGAAGAGAAUAUGGAAGUCAAAAAAAUUCACGCUUUAUAUCAGUUGAGACGUGGAGAUUUUCAAACACCUAGAAAUCUUUUGCAUUCUCUUGCGGAAAAAAAUGAUUUAGUAGCUAUAACAGCAUUAGGCAGUUUAUACUUAAUUAGGGCACGUCUAAUCAAACAAGAGCAUGAAAAACCACAGAGAGAAGCGUAUUAUAAGAGAGCUGUAGAAUUGUUCCAAAGAGCUCUAAAUUUAAACCCAAGAAAUAUAUGGGCAGCUAAUGGAAUUACUGUAGCAUUAGCAGAAACCGGAAGAAUGCAAGAAGCAAAUGAGGGUUUUUGGAAAAUACUCCAAAAUUGCCCUAAGCCUGAAUUUAAUAUUAAUUAUGCACAUACUUGUGCUCUUUUAGGCGAUUAUGGUAACGCAAUACGUUUUUAUGAAGUAGCUUCCAAAAAGUAUCAACAUAGGGAUUACCAGAUAAUGGAGUGGAUUGCAAGAGUAUAUUAUAUAAUUGGAAAAGAACGAAAGGACCUUGAAUCAUUAGAAACAGCUUUGGAUUGGACACAGAGAGCUCUUCGAUUGAAGCCAGAUCAUAAGAUUGCACUUCAUAACCUCGCUUUGCUCCAACAAACCCGUGCUCAAUUAAUCAGAGACGCCAAAUUAGGUCAAUCAAAAGUAGGCCAAACGGCUCCAAUAACCACAGCAUCUCCAAAUAUUUCAUUGCCAGAAUUGAAAAAAGUAAUCGCUUGGGCCCAAUGGUCUACAAAAACAUUUGAAGAGAUACUUAAAGAAGAAUACAAAAAAGUGAUGUUUGAUCGUGAUCUAGUGAAGAAUCGUGUUGCCUUUGGAAACUCAAUGAUUGGAAGUUUUGAAAAAAAGAAGAAAGAGCUCGAAGUAAUUGAAGAACAAAAAGAAGUUGAAAGAACAGAAAGAAAAAGGGUUGAAGAAGAAAAACAACGUAUAGAAGAACAAAGAGUUGCGGAAGAGGCAGUGUUAGAAGAAGAAAGACGAAAGAGAGCUGCAGAAGAGGAUAGAAUAAGAAAUGAACGUCUUCAGGAAUAUGCUGCAAUGCAAAAGAUAUUAUACGCACGAGAGGAAAAAUCAAAAAGAAGAAGAUACUCCUCCGAUGAAGAAGACAGGGGAAUGUCUUCUAAAAAGUCUCGUAGAGGUUUUAAUAUUUAA